AUGCACCGCCACAGGGAAGGAUUCGACCAAAUCAAGGUUGCCUUUGAUUUAGGAUCCGAUUUCUCGGACAGCACAACCUCGGCUCCUCGGUCGUCCCUGUCGAGUCUCAGUUUUGGUGAUAAUAAUGACACGCGGAGUGGUCUUUCCUUUGAAGAGGCGUUUGGGAAUCAAGGUCGAUUUGCUCGAAGACCCAGUCGUUUCAUGGAAGCUACCUUCAGGGACAGUACAGGAACCCAGGAUGACAUGGCCAUGCCCAGCAGAAGAUCCAGGGUAUAUCGACCGGCUUUUCCGCCUUCUUCUGCAAGUAAUCAAUCUCUUGUCAAUGUGGGCAACUACAACGACGCCCCUGCCAAUCAAAAUCAAACGGCUGCUGCCAACAACAACAACAAACCUGUUCUGAAAGGACAAGUUUUCUCGACGGAUGAUUCUGUGGUUGGAAAUUUUGUGAGCCCCAAAGUGCGGCCCCAUCCCAACGAUUCUCUCGAAUUGACGAGCAACACAGCAUCAUCCUUAUCAGGAGAUGCAGGGGGAGAAUUAUUCAAUAAUUUUCCCACCACUCGCCAGGAUCUCAGCCAUUCUUUGGUCGCCAAAUUGGGAAGUAGUGCCGCUGUAAAUCACAGCAAGGCCGUGGGACGAAGGCGAGCCAGUGUGGCCGUAUUGACAGGAUCCAACAGUUCUGUCUCGGACGAAGGUUCCACGAAUAAUAAUAAUCACCGUCACCAGCAGCGCAACCAAACAAGUCGAGAAGCAUCCAGGUCACGAUCUCGAACUCCAGUGCGAAAGGGACGGUCACACAGUGCUGGUGCAAAAUACCGCAGGGGAGAACAGCAACAACAAAAACAAUCAACUGAUCAUGGCGACGGAAAAGAUGUACCUGCAGAAAAUGAUGGACACAAAGACGACAAUCACCGGCGUGUCAGACUCCAUGAGCACAAAGACAAGGAAGAUUCACGUUCUACCAGACGAGAACGCAGCCCUGCAGUUGAUGGUGGGGAUCAAAGGACGGCUGAUGAUUCCAGCCGCCGUCGCAAUCACCGAACGGAUGACAGCAGUCGUCGACAUCACAGAACAGACGACAGCAGCCGUCGGCAUCAUAGGACAGAUGAUGACGGCAGUCGUCGAAAUCAAAGGAUAGAUGAUGACAGCAGCCGUCGGCAUCACAGGACAGAUGACGGCAGCCGUCGAAAUCAAAGGACCAGGAGCGGCAGUGGUAGUCGAAGGAGUCACCGAGUGGAACACAGCAGGAAACCAGAGAGUCAAAGUCCCGAACCAUCCGGAGCCAGGCGACACCGAGAUAGGGUCGAACGACGAGGAGGCGGUCAAAGUGGCAGUCCACAUGAUAAUAGACGCCGUACCGGCAGGGACAGUCGGAGUCCACCCGACGGUUCGCAUCAUCGAAGGAGGACAAGCCACGAAAGAGGAAGGCAUGCCAGGGGACAGCACGACGAUCAUCAUCCCGGCGAUCAUCAUGGGUCUCACGACAGAGGCCAUCGUAAAGAAAGUGGCAGCCCGACGGAAGCUAAAGGUCGUCGCAGACAUCGCCACAGUGAAAUCCGAAAUGAGAAAAAGUCCAAAAGCAGAAGUCCAAAGGCAGGCAAUCGAAGGCGUCACAGCGAAAGUCCUCGUGCAAGCGCCAAUGCCGCGGAUACGACAAAUUCCAACACAGCUGCACCUGCGCCUAGACGGAGUCGGGGGAGUAUGAUUAUUCUAGACCAAACGAAAGCUGCCGAGGCCGCAAUUCCCGCUGCAAAUACUACCACUUCCAAAGCUACACCCAAUCCUCCGAGACGAGCACGAGGAAGCAUGAUAAUUCCAGGCGAAUUCCCAGUCCCUCACACUGAGCACUCUGAGGAUAAAAGCCAUCACGUGGGAAGUCAUCACGACGACAAUCACCGUCAACACCACGCGAGAAUCAAGGACCGAAGACUUAGUCCACAUGAUGGCGACAAGAACCGUAUAGCAAGAAGGCCACCCCAUCGCAGGUUGGAACGGAAGCGUAGCAAGAGCAUGGGCGAUGUCAAAGCAAAGAGCAGAAGUAGACUUCAUGCACAAGACAACGACAAGAUGAAAGGGGCGGCGAAACGCAGAUCUUCCAGUGCGGAUAUUGUCAACACUCGGCAUCGCCACAAGAUCAAGAAUCGCAGCAACCAUUCAAACAAUGAUGACCUUGCCACCACGAACAGCAGCAUGGAGCGCCAUGAAGUAGCAGUUGCUCUUGCAGCUGGCAAAAAAGUCAGUCUUUCUCCCCGCAGCCGUCGUCUUACAGCGCACGUGAAAUCGAAGGAAGCAACGCUGUUACGACACCGCCGUCUCUCUGCACCGACGCACAACUCGGGCUCGUCUAUUGACGAUGAAAAACGCAAAAUACACCCCCGGGGCCGAUCGCCUCGUCGCCACGUAGGCGAAGAGCCAAGGUCGUCGUCAUCGUCGUCGCAGGACGCUGCGGAAAGAUCAACACACAAACUGACUCUUGACACUGGCCGUCGCCGUUCCAUCUCUCCAAAGAAAACUCGAACCUUGACAAAUCAGCACACUGGCGAACACAGCAACAGCAGCAAGCCAAGCAAAUACAAAGAAUCCUUGAUGCGUCAUACGAGUAAGGACGAUUCGGGAGGACGUGCAGCUCCAAAAGAGCGGCCCACUUUGAGACGCCAUUCCAGCCUGAACCAGUUGGAAAACAAAAGUAGAAGGUCGCUUGUCCCAAUCAGGCAGAACUUGUCGCAUUCGGACUUGGAUGAGGCAAGGUCCGGUAUUCUGUUGGAACGAUCCAGGUUGGACUUUUUGGAUGAGCAAAUGUCCCUUAGCGACAGUGACGACGACAGUGAAUCUGGCCUCGCCCAGAAGCAGGGGCUGCAACUGAAGUCUAUCUGGCAAUAUGAUCAAGUGAGUUCCAAUCAGAUUCCCGACUUGCCAGAGCCUCGGUUUUCCGACCCUCAGUUUUCGGAACCCGAGUUUGACGUUACGGACGAAGAACUAGAUAGUCCAGCGCUGCACAGGGUGACGACCACCAACCUUGACCAUGUGGAUCUGACAGCCCUUAGUGCGGCUCAAGUGCAGGUGGUUUUGGCAAGAGCUCGGGGUGAGUUGUAG